GGUACUUUUAAAAUUCAAAUAUUACCUUUGCCUCUCUCGUAGCCCUGUAAAAGACAAUACACUUAUCAAGUACUAAUGACUAAACCGUAAAAAUUGUCUUUAUAACAAGAAGUUAGCUGAUAAUUCAAAAUGUUAUUACAACUGCCGAAAGGAUAUUUAAGUUUCGUGGAAAGGUGGCCCUUGAUGAAUCCAAAUGAUGUAAUUUUCAUAAUAGUAACGUAUCUGAUUUUUGUUCUAAAAAUUGGACCUUUCCUCAUGGCAAGGCGAGAACCAUUCAAAAUGAAAGGCUUCCUUAUAUUGUACAAUAUCAUUAAAAUUACAAACUCAUCUGUCUUAGCAUAUAAGUUUCUAGCUUACGUAGUCGACAAGGGUUUGUUUCCGAGAAAAUGUGAACACGAUGACCGUACUAUGUAUAUAAUCGCUGUGCUCUAUUGGAAAUAUAUGGCGACGAAAAUUUUGGACCUCUUCGACACAGUGUUCUUCGUGCUAAGAAAAAAGUCUUCUCAGAUCACAUUCCUCCACGUCUACCACCAUGUGUUUAUGGUGGUCAUCAGCUGGUCGAGCUUGAAAUAUGACCCGUCUGACCACUGGGCUUUUAUGGCGGUGGUCAACUGUACCAUACAUGCGAUUAUGUAUACUUAUUAUGGACUGUCAGCUAUGGGCCCUACUUACGCAAAGUACUUGUGGUGGAAGAAAUAUUUGACAUUGAUGCAAUUGAUACAAUUCAAGAUAAUCAUAUUGCACAUAGCAAUCCAAACCUACACUUCCCCCUGCCCAAUGAGCAUGGUAUCCUACUGGGUCGGCGUCUCCAACCUGGCCAUAUUCAUGGGGCUGUUCACUGACUUCUACCGAAAGAACUACAGGCUCAAGAGCGUAUCCCUUGUUUGUAAUAGACAAGCGAUAGAUUAGAAGUUCUAAUAUAUCAAUAUUUGAGAACCUGAAUAUAUUUUAGGCACUAGUCCUAAAGUCUGAAUAUUGAUUGUAGAUUUAAGGCAAGGCGAAACUAACAGUCAAACGCACGUCCCCAAUGACGUGCAACUUUACGUCAAAUCAUAAAAUUCAACGGUUGGAACACCAGUCAGU